GAUGUACUAUAGUGACAAGUCAUAGAUUUUAUGUUAAUCAGAUGGUAAUCCUCUAAGUUAUCACUUUAAAAUUCAAAUCGAAUAGAGAAUGAGUAACUAAUCACCCAUAAGAUUAGUAAUGUAUUUCUUUAAUUUCAUGUGCUCACAUUUUAUUAUUCUUUUAACUAGUGUAACUUAAAUGUAACCUGUAUAACAUACUAUGCAAUCAAAAACAUGUUCGUUAAUUUUAAAAGAUUAACACAUGUGAUAGAUAUUAUGACUUAUAUAAGUUAUUCUUAAAAUAAAACAAUCGUAAUUACUUUUAAGAAAUUAUGAAGAGAUUCAGAAUUCAUGAAAAAUCAAUACAAAUUAAAAAAGUAAUUAUGGAUGAAGAAAUGCAAAUGGACGUUAUAAGCACUGUUAUUGCAGCAUUACAUAUAUAUGGAAAUGAAUAUACAAAAAUGAAAAAGUUCAUAGAAAACAAACUGAAUAAACGUUAUCUUCCUACAUGGCAUUACAUAACUGGUUAUGAUGUGGAUAGGUUACUCAUUACUAAUGCCUGUUCAAUACUUCAUUUCAUUCAAAUGUGAAGAGAAGAAUGUUACUGUUUUUAAAACAAUCUAAACAUAAUAUAAUUACAAACAUUCAUUUAUCAUAUUUCUUUUCAAUUCCUUAUUUAUAUCCAACCAAGUAUAUGUUUAAGCAAGUAUUCAUAUAUUUUUCAAUUAGGUGUUGCUUCGAAUAAGAACGAAAUGAAAUAGCUCCCACAAUAACUAUUAGAUCAAAAAUGUUUUAUGAUGGAUCUAGGUAUUACAAUUUAUAGUUUCCAGCCCGUUAAGUUAUUUUAUUGAAAAAGAAACUUGUAAUUGAACUGGAUUUAAC